GUCCCUCGCAGCACCGUACGCCCAGGCGCGGAAACAGACGCCGAAGGGAAGGCGCGGCCGGGAGGGACUAGUUGGCGCGCGCCGGCCGGGCGUGGUGACGUCAGGGCGGAAGCGCACGCUGCGUGAAGCGGCCCAACCCGGCGGUCACGGGAAUAUCCGUCGCGCCGAGAACGCUGGUUAGUCUCGCUUCGGGUUCCGGCUGCGUUGGCCUUGCGUGCAGCUCGCAGAGAGUAUGGCGUCCGGGCCUCACCCGACAGCGACCGCAGCCGCCGCCUCGUCGGCCGUCCCAAGCGCGGGCGGCUCCAGCUCCGGGACGACUACCACGACGACGACCACGACGGGAGGGAUCUUGAUCGGUGACCGCCUGUACUCGGAAGUUUCGCUCACCAUCGACCACUCGCUGAUUCCGGAGGAGAGACUCUCGCCCACCCCGUCCAUGCAGGACGGGCUCGACCUGCCGAGCGAGACGGACUUGCGCAUCCUGGGCUGCGAGCUCAUUCAGGCCGCCGGCAUCCUCCUCCGGCUGCCGCAGGUGGCGAUGGCAACCGGGCAGGUGUUGUUUCAUCGUUUUUUCUAUUCCAAAUCUUUCGUCAAACACAGUUUCGAGAUUGUUGCCAUGGCUUGUAUUAAUCUUGCGUCAAAAAUCGAAGAAGCACCUAGAAGAAUAAGAGAUGUGAUUAAUGUAUUCCACCACCUACGCCAGUUAAGAGGAAAAAGGACUCCAAGCCCCCUGAUCCUUGAUCAGAACUACAUUAACACCAAAAAUCAAGUUAUCAAGGCAGAAAGGAGGGUGCUAAAGGAGUUGGGAUUUUGUGUUCAUGUCAAGCAUCCACAUAAGAUCAUUGUUAUGUAUUUACAAGUCUUAGAAUGUGAACGUAACCAAACCCUGGUUCAAACUGCCUGGAAUUACAUGAAUGACAGUCUUCGAACCAAUGUUUUUGUUCGAUUUCAACCAGAGACGAUAGCAUGUGCUUGCAUCUACCUUGCAGCUAGAGCACUUCAGAUUCCAUUGCCUACUCGUCCCCAUUGGUUUCUUCUUUUUGGUACUACAGAAGAGGAGAUCCAAGAAAUAUGCAUAGAAACACUUAGGCUUUAUACUAGAAAAAAGCCAAACUAUGAAUUGCUGGAAAAAGAAGUAGAAAAAAGAAAAGUAGCCUUACAAGAAGCUAAAUUAAAAGCAAAGGGAUUGAAUCCUGAUGGAACUCCAGCUCUUUCAACCCUUGGUGGAUUUUCUCCAGCUUCCAAACCAUCAUCCCCAAGAGAGGUAAAAGCUGAAGAGAAGUCACCAAUCUCCAUUAAUGUGAAGACAGUCAAAAAAGAACCUGAGGAUAGACAACAGGCAUCCAAAAGUCCUUACAAUGGUGUAAGAAAAGACAGCAAGAGAAGUAGAAAUAGCAGAAGUGCAAGUCGAUCAAGGUCAAGAACACGAUCACGUUCUAGAUCACAUACUCCAAGAAGACAUUAUAAUAAUAGGCGGAGUCGAUCUGGAACAUACAGCUCAAGAUCAAGAAGCAGGUCCCGCAGUCACAGUGAAAGCCCUCGAAGACAUCAUAAUCAUGGUUCUCCUCACCUUAAGGCCAAGCAUACCAGAGAUGAUUUAAAGAGCUCAAAUAGACAUGGUCAUAAAAGGAAAAAAUCUCGUUCUAGAUCUCAGAGCAAAUCUCGGGAUCACUCAGAUGCUGCCAAGAAACACAGGCAUGAAAGGGGACAUCAUAGGGACAGGCGAGAAAGAUCUCGGUCCUUUGAGAGGUCCCAUAAAGGCAAGCACCAUGGUAGCAGUCGCUCAGGACAUGGCAGGCACAGGCGCUAACUUUCUCUUCCUUUGAGCCUACAUCAGUUCCUGGUUUUGACUAUCUACAGUGUGAUGUAUGGACUCAAAAUCAAAACAUUAAAGGCAAAUGGAUUAGGAUUUGAUUUCUUAAAACCCUCUAGGUCUCUAGAAACACUGAGGACAUUUUCUUUUGAAAAGAACUAUGUUAAACUUUUUUUGCACAUUAAAAUGCCCUAGCAGUAUCUAAUUGAAAACCAUGGUCAGGUUCAAUUGUACUUUAUUAUAAUUGUGUAUUGUUUAUUGCUAUAAGAACUGGAGCGUGAAUUCUGUAAAAAAAUGUAUCUUAUUUUUAUACAGAUAAAAUUGCAGACACUGUUCUAUUUAAGUGGUUAUUUGUUUAAAUGAUGGUGAAUACUUUCUUAACACUGGUUUGUCUGCAUGUGUAAAGAUUUUUACAAGGAAAUAAAAUACAAAUCUUGUUUUUCUAAACUGCUUCAAAUAUCUUAUUUAAAUAAAUUAUUAAAAAGCAAAAAUUUUAAUAGCAAAA